AUGAGUUCGCCGUUUGACGCCAUUACGUUAGAGGAACAGCCUGUUUACCAAGAUGUUCCUGAGUUUGACGAGAUCAAUCAACAGAUAAGCAAUGCGUUGUUGAGUGUGAACAACAGUUUGAGCAACUUGAACAAGAACCUCAAUUUUCUGGAGACCGCCAUCGACAAGGGCCAGAGCGUGGAAAAGUACCAGCAGAGCUCGUCGAAGCUGAUUUCGCAGCUGAUGGAUCUGUUCAAAGGCGUUUCGAGCGAUACGCGCACUUUGAAUGGACUGGACGCUGCGUUGUUGAACAAGUCGCAGACGUUUGUGCGAGACAAGCUCAACACGAACUUGAAACGGUCGUUACAGGAGUUCAACCAGUUGCAGCAGUUCUACACGGACCUGGAGAAGAAACAGAAUGAGAAGAGCGCGAGUCUAAUUGGUUCUGGGUUGGUGGACGAAACACCUGUUGCUCAGCCCCAGCAACAGCAGGUGGUGAUAGAAUACGAGCCUGUGAACGCAGAGGAGGUGGAGUAUCAGCGAGCAUUGAUCGAGGAGCGCGAACGAGACAUCGAGAACAUCUCGCACGGCAUCGAAGAACUCAACGAGAUCUUCCACGACCUGUCCAACAUCGUGGUUGAUCAAGGAAGCAUGAUUGACAAUAUCGAGUCCAACUUCCGGCCGUCGGAGCCGCAGCUGGCAACCAGUCCGUUCGAAUUCCAAGCAACACCAUACACCGGCAUCGUGUGCACUUUCGGCAGCGUCGCGUCCAGCACCCACUCCUCCUCGGACUUGAGCGUGGACGGCAGCGUUGCGCCGGUCCCGGUCUGGGUCUCCGGACUGGUCUUUUUCCAUAUCUUGACUAACGAGUCGUCGCUGCAGUUGACAAACCGUAGAUUGUCGCUCUUCUCCCAGUCCGCACACCAGAUCGUUCCCUGGGUGCCCUGGCAGUUGGCCACACACACCCAUUCGUCCUCGUCGUAG